UAAUUUUUUUUCUGUUCGAAUCAUGAUCAAAAUGGGAUUGCUGUAGAUAAAAUACUAUUAUUAAUUUAGGAAAUCAAAGCUUUUAAUGGCGUAAAUAUAGUUUAAACAUGUCCAAUCAGUGCAAGUUAAUAGUGGGGAUCGACUUAUUUGUGCAUUUACAGUUAUACGCGUAACACGAAUUUGUGCAUCGAGUUCUGAGCAUCGAAUUAGGCCACAUAGCGAUCUCUCCCUAAAAUACCGCUGGUUGUCGACGUAUCAAGUUAAACUGAGUGUGGCGGGAGAGUGAUGUCCAGAAAGGCCGCGAGCUGGUAAUGUGAUGUCAUCAAAAGGGGAAACAGAGGCCGAUUCAGGCACCGUGUCGCCGAACCUGCCUGUAGUCAAAAAUGAACCGGCAACCACAGCUAGUAAAGAAGAAACUCCUAAAAGAGGCAGCACGCUGCUAAAAUGCACAACUUGCAACACGUUUAGCACUCUCAGCAGCCGCGCGCUGACCACGCACAUGGCGCAGUGCUCGCCCGACAACAACAAUGUGGCGGCCGCGCAGGCGGACGCCCGCCCCCACAGGAAACUCUUCGAGUGCGACGUGUGCAACAUGAAGUUCUCCAAUGGCGCCAACAUGCGCCGCCACAAGAUGCGCCACACCGGCGUCAAACCUUACGAAUGCAGAGUCUGCCAAAAGAGAUUCUUCCGCAAGGACCAUCUAGCGGAACACUUCACCACACACACAAAGAGCUUGCCGUACCAUUGCCCGAUAUGCAACCGAGGGUUCCAGCGCCAGAUUGCCAUGCGCGCGCAUUUCCAGAACGAGCACGUCGGCCAGCACGACCUUGUCAAAACUUGCCCCCUCUGCAGCUACCGCGCCCCCACCAUGAAGAGCCUCCGAGUUCAUUUCUUUAACAGACACGGCAUCGACCUAGACAACCCAGGAACCGGCAACAACUCUGUUUCCCUGCUAGCAGCCGGCAUAGCCAACGCCGCGUACGCCGACGGUUCCAUGGAUGCGAGCGCCAUCAACGCCCUCGGGGCUCUAGGCUCCGGGCUGUCCGUGUCCGUGGCGGCCGCGUAUUCGGACAGCGGGGACAGCAACGGCGCCCGCUCCGUCGACAACGCCACACCGCCCAUGCACUAUCUGACCCCGCACGUGGAGAUAUCUAUGGCAGACAACAACGAGACCUUCUCGCCGGGACAGUCGAAUCAUCUAAAUAAUUCCGAUUCGCGCAUGAACGGCGAGGGUGGCAGCUCGCCGCAGUCGGGCGACAGCUCGGGCGCCGUCGCCAGCUCGUCGCUCGCGCAGCUGCCCGCCGGCAUCACGCCCUCCAUCACGCUCAUACCCAUCAAGCAGGAGCCUAACGCGGAAGAGUCGGGCGGUGGCGAGUCGCAGGGCGAGGCGAACGGCGACAAGCGCGGCGUGUCGUCCAGCCUGUCGUCGCUCAUCAAGGUGUCGCCGCUCAAGAGCCUGCUGCGCGAGGACCUGCGCCGCCGCAUCAGCGCCCGGGGCCGCGCUCGCGGCUCCAACAGUUCGCGCGCGUCUCCGUCAGAGGGCGGCGUGAUCACGUCGACGCACGGCGACGCCGCGCUGGCGCCCGCCUCGCUCAUGUGCUCCUUCUGCUCCAUCACCUUCCCCGACUCCACGCUCUACUUCCUGCACAAGGGCUGCCACUGCGACUCCAACCCCUGGAAGUGCAACAUCUGCGGCGAGCAGUGCUGCAACGUCUACGAGUUCAACUCCCACCUGCUCAGCAAAAGUCACCAAUGACUGUUUGCAGGGGGGCCGUUCCGAUAAUAAUGACUCUGUGUUACGUGUUGCACGCGCUGUGUGCAUAGUACGGGCGCUUCGGAGCUUCACUGUCGUCUUGGAUUACGCGAUUCUGU